AUGGCUCUAAAUGAUAACAAUUUUGACGGGAUAUUGUUAGCAUUUAUUGGGAACUUCACUUGGCUUAGAAUUUUUCUUCUAGAUGGAAACAGAAUAUCUGGAAGCAUCCUAAAUGGGAUAGAGAAUCUUGUCAACCUGGAAAGAAUGGAGCUGUGGGAGAGCCAAAUUAUUGUUGUCAGGAUACAGAUUUUCAGGAAACAUUCCAUUCUUUCUUGUGGCACUAUACCCAAAGAACUUUUCAGUCUAUCAACCUUAUCCAUUUUGCUGAAUUUAUCUCACAACAACUUGAAUGGUUCCUUUCCAGAAGAAGUUAAAAUUUUGGGGAAAUUAGGUGCAUCUGAUGUGUCUAAUAACAUGUUAUCUGGUGAAAUUCCUGGAAGUCUUGGCAGCUGCUUGACGUUGGAAAUCCGAUGCCAAAUCCCAAAAUUUCUCGAGCAGCUUGACGUGCAGUACUUGAAUGAUCUGUCUUUCAAUGAUUUCGAUGGUGAGAUGCCACUACAAGGUGCCUUCAAGAAUGCUUGUGCGGUUUCAGUGGAAGGGAACAGUAGGCUUUGUGGGGGCGUGCCUGAAAAACAGUUGCCACCUUGCAAAUUCAACAAGUCCAAUGAAGGGAGAUUGACGAUGAAGCUGAAGAUAAUAAUCGCUGCUGUCUGUGGGCUGCUGGGAGCAACUUUCCUGUUGUCUGUCCUGUAUUUUUUCUGGUUAAGAAUGAAAAACAAGACACCUCGCUUGAAGAAUUCAGAAAAUUUGCUUCCAAAAGUUUGUUACCGAAGUCUCCUCACUGCUACUAGUGGGUUUUCUUCAGCCCAUUUGAUUGGAAACGGCAAAUUUGGGUCUGUGUAUAAAGGAAUUGUUGAUGAGGUAGGAACAACUGUUGCCAUCAAGGUGCUCAACCUUCUCCGACUUGGAGCUUCCAAGAUUUUUGUAGCGGAGUGUCAGGCCUUGAGAAACAUCAGGCAUCGCAACCUCGUCAAGAUACUGACAGCAUGUUCUGGUGUUGAUUACCAUGGUAACGACUUCAAAGCUUUGAUUUAUGAGUUCAUGGUCAAUGGCAGCCUAGAGAAGUUGCUACAUCCAACUCCCAGAACAGAUGAGGAGAACGAGGCACCGAGAAGCUUAAAUCUUCUUGAGAGACUAAACAUUGCAGUCGAUGUUGCUUGUGCACUGGAAUAUCUUCACAAGGAUUGCCAACUAGCACUACCUCUUUCCCUUGCUCUAUGGUGGAAGGUGAUGGUAGCAUCUUAUGUGAUCCAAAAAAGGAUCCUCGGUGUGAACCGAAGGAAGCCAAUCCGUGGCAUAGAGGUUGCAAUCCAUUCGACGGGUGUCGGGGUUGAGCCACUGUCACCGGACGACGACGAGCUCAGGAUGGGAACUCACCUGGGCAUCUUCGGCGGUCAAUCCAUUACUCCUCGGAACUACCAGGAAGUUGCCUGGCAACAGCUAGCUAGGUCUUGGAAACGGACACGCAAAGUUGAAUCGAAACUUCAUGGGAAUCACUGA